AUGAGCUCGCCGUUCUUCCUGUUUCGCAAAGGGCUCCUAAGCAAACCCAUUGCCCGCUGGUGUCUCUCCCAAAUUCCAGCUACUCCGCAAGCCGGUAUGUGCUGCCUCCUCUUUGGUAUCUGCGAAUCGAAGCGACCAAGGACUGAUUUCCAUGUCGUCUGUCUCCGGGGAGUUUAUUGGCCACUGGACACACACGUCCGUGAGGAGCAUGUGUGGGUCGGUGCCUCAUUUCUCAAAACAAAGAAGCGUACCCGACCAUGCUGCGGCGCGGAGACCUCUCCAGAAUCACCGGCCCCGGGGCUGUCGACUGAAAGCAGCGCUCAACUAUCCGAUCUGUGGAUCCGGAUUUGUUUCCCAAAGACCGACCGAAAGCAUGACAAUGGUGCGCUGCGGAGCUCUCUAAGACCACCAGGUCGAGAGCAAAAGGGACGACUUUGGCACGAGAUCGUUCUGGUUUUCGCUUCUAAACCCUAA